AUGUCUUUUGUCUUAGUUUUCCGCCGAAAAAGGUCAUUCACAGAAUAUACGCGAUGGCGCGCAAACCAAGAAACUACAAAUGAGUUCCUAGUGAAGGUGUUAGAUGAAGAUUUAACAACUGCAGUCCAAACUCAGCAAAUAGUGGCCGUAAACAUACAACCUGUGACGAAAGGAGGCAUCUAUGCUGUUCGAAAUUCACUUCGUGACGAUAGUCCACCGGCCAGCCCUCAGUUUCUAGCACGGACUCCAACAUUGAUGGCACGACAGUAUGCACCAAUAGCUCCGGUUGCAUUCAGUCGUCGUACUACAACAGCGCCCUUAAAACCACCCAUUUUAAACGAUUAUGAUCAAGAUUCCCAAUCAUCCGUUGCAAUUCCUUCACGAACCGAAGAUUUGGCAGAAAUAACAGUCCCACAACGAAGUACAACUAAAUUAGACCAAUUCCGGAGAAUUCAUUCAUUUGACCCGACUCCAAACUACGAUUUAAUGACGCGAACUACGUAUUCAGUCCCCGCUAGAACAGCACCACCGUUUGAAUUUACCGUGGCAAACGACAUCGAAGUUGACAUUGAAUCCACGACUGAACGAAAAUUUUUUGAUGGUGUCAGAAGAAAAGAAGAUGGAACUAAGAGAGACGCUGAAAAAGAUUCUGAAUCUUCAUAUAAUAUGAUGUUUUAUAAUGAUGAAGAUAGCGAUAGUACAAAAUCUAAUAAAAAGGAAGAUCAAGAAUUAAGUGAGAACUAUUAUGAAAAAAAAGGUGUUCACGAUGAGGCUCUAGAAAAAGAUUCGACUGAUGCAAAGGAAAUAGAUAUGGAGUACGCUGAUAAUAGAAAUGCCAGUUUAAAAGAGUUACAUAUUUACCAAGAACAGAUUAGUUCUGAUAACAUCACGGUGAAAAUGCCAGCUAAAGGUGUAAUUGGCAUUCCCGGUAUUGAAGAAGUAACAAGUAAAGGAUUUAAAGAUUCACUGCGAGACAAACGUCGUUCGAUUUGCAGUUUACUUCAAGUUAGGCAACUGAACUUUAAUUCACCACGAACUUUAGUAGAGAUAACGAAUCAAUUGAAACUAUGGGCGGAUGAGAGUCCAGUGGCCAAGUGGGUGGACAUAACACAUGGAAAUUUCACCACCAUGGAGAAUCCUAUUUAUAUGAUGAUAGUAGAUGACCCAGCUAGCGGUCAGAUUGUUUCUGCUAAACAAACUGUUAUGAUUGUCGCAGGUAUGCAAGGACGAGACCACCAUGCCGUGGCCGCCGCAAUGUAUGUGUUGUAUCAGCUCGUGGAACGUAGCGAAGCACACGUCGACCUGCUGACGAAGUAUCGCUUCUGGAUUAUACCAGUAUUCAACCCAGAUGGAUACGACUACUCUAUGACAUUCCCACACAGACGAGAAUGGUCAAAAAAUUUACGUCAAUUAUGGGACACGUGUAAGGGACGUGAUUAUUGCAGUUCGUGCGAGACUCAAGGGAUACGAUGCACUAUUCAACCGUGCUACGGCGUCAAUCUCGACAGGAACUUUGAAUAUCAAUGGAUUCCUGCGGAUGAAUUACGAGCCGAGCAUCCAUGCGGCGAACUGUACGCAGGGCCACGCCAGCUCAGCGAAGCAGAGACCCGUGCUCUUACACUCUUCAUGGACGAACAACGCACACCACUAUUCACAUUCAUUGCAUUUAAAGAAGGGAGUGUACUCGGGGUCAUGUAUCCAUAUUCACACACGAGGAAAAAGCGUGCCUACGAUCAAAUAUAUAGACAACGAGCUACGAGAGCUGCUUCGGCUGCGUUUAGCAUCAGCAACCGGCCGUACGUGGCUGGGCAGACAUCAGAGUUCCUACCACUUUAUGCUGGUGGCAUAGAAGACUGGGUUGACGGCCACCUGGGUAUCGAUAACACAUAUAGUAUUAUGAUGUUUCGACCAACGGAUUCGUACAAUUCUAAACUUAUUACAGAGCGUGUUGUUCACGAAGCGUUUGCAGCCAUGGACACUCUGCUCUUGCAAAGUAUGAUGCCCACGCUUCCCCGGCCGGUCACAUUAGCACGUCAACGCAUCCGCAGUUCCUCCUCGUUUACAAGUCCAACAUGUUUAAUGACAUUAAUACCUAUAAUUUUACUACUUAAUAGUUAA